AUGCGGCGCUUAGCACCAGCCACGGGCUGCGAGGCAGUUAUUCGAUCGUUGUUUCUGGCGGAGCUUCCAAACUCGAUCCGACCGCUCAUUUCGGUAUGGGACGAGAACAACCUUGACAAAUUGGCGGAGAUUGCAGAUAAAAUGCUUGAAGCUAGCGAGCCAGGUUCUGCAUUUGUUGAGUCAACGGCACUAACAGAGCAGCAGCACCAAGUUGAUGCUCUGAGCGGCAAGCAAACCGGCAUGUCAGAAGUAACAUCGGCAUUACGAGCGCUCACUACAAAGUCGACAAGCUUCAGGGCGAGCUACGCCAAUCAAAACAUGCCCAAUCGUCACGGCAUCCACAUGAUAGCUCUAAUGAUGUCGGUUCGAAACUAUGUUUCUACCACACUAGAUUCGCUGGUAAACGGUAGCGCAGUAACCACCAGCAGCCACAAAGCUCCAAACAUUCAACAAAUUGGCCUGGACCGGCGUCUACACAUCAAAGAUCGCUUGUCAAACCAAUCAUUCCUUAUUGAUUCCGGAUCAGUGGUGUCAGUGAUUCCACGCAGCAUGGCACCGCACACACGCAUCAACGGCAGACUUUAUCUGUAUGCCGCCAACCAAUCUACAAUCAAAACCUAUGGAAAUUGUACUCUUCAGCUCGACCUGGCCCUGCAUCGCUCGUUCACAUGGCCAUUCAUCAUCGCUGAUGUACAAACACCUAUAAUCGGCGCAGACUUCCUUGCCGCACAUCAUCUCCUCGUCGACGUCAGUGAACAACGAUUGCUUGACAACUCAAAGUCAACUCCUCACCAUGGCACCACUGACCCGUCACACGACUCUGGAUCUCUGGAACUCAAGUCCUCGAAUAUGUCAGCUGAUGUGCAAAAGAUCGACAAAAUGGUUUGUCUCGAGCGAGUCCAUGCACACAACGUUUGUCACUUCAUUAAAACAAGCGGCGCACCUGUAGCUGAGCGACCUAGACGAUUAUCUGGCGAGAAACUUGCUUCUGCCAAAUCGCAAGUCAAUACGCUCAUUGAUAAGGGAAUUUGCCGUUACUCCAAAAGCCCAUGGGCCAGUCCCUUGCACAUGGUGGCUAAAAAGGAUGGAUCUUGGCGCGCCUGUGGCGAUUACCGCAAGCUGAAUGGAAUUACGGUUCCAGACCGUUAUCCGAUUCCACACAUUCAGGAUUUUGCUGAUCGCCUUCACAAUAAGAAAAUUUUCACAACGCUAGAUCUCGAAAAGGCUUAUUACCAAAUUCCCAUGGCGCAGGAGGACAUAGAGAAGACGGCUAUUUGCACUCCAUUUGGCUUGAUUGAAUUUGUUUUUAUGCCAUUUGGACUAAAAAAUGCAACGCAAACGUUCCAGCGGUUCAUUGACCAGAUCUUCCGUGAAAUUGAUUACGUGUUUUGUUAUGUUGAUGACAUUCUCAUCAUGUCGAGCUCGGAAGAGCAGCAUAAGCAACACGUGCAAAAUGUUCUUAACAUUCUUAAGAAACACGGAUUGGUCAUCAACCGAGACAAAUGCAAUUUUGCUCAGGCAGAGGUACAGUUCCUUGGCUAUGUGGUCAGCAGCAAAGGCAUAAAACCACCACAGGACCGAAUAAGCGCGAUGUUGAACUUCCCACAGCCACAAACAAUCUGUGAAUUGGGCCGAUUCCUGGGAAUUUUGAAUUAUUAUCGACGCUGCAUCCCUCACGCCUCGCGAAUACAGGCUCCCCUCAACGACUUAACACGCAACAUGAAAAAGAAUGAUAGGCGUCCCAUUGAUUGGAAUCCUGAAACUAUAAACACUUUUCUGGAAUGCAAAAAAAGCUUGGCAAACGCAACCACGCUCGUCUACCCCAAUCCACGCGCUGAUCUCUGCCUGCUCAAUAGUACAGAACGCAACUACAGCACCUACGACCGCGAAUUGUUGGCAAUCUACGAGGCGAUAAAACAUUUCAAGCAUGUGUUGGAAGCAAGACGACCGGAGAAGGCGUCACCUCGCCAAUUGCGACAUCUUAGUUUCAUUUCCCAAUUUUCAACCUCAAUUUGUCAUUUGAGUGGCGACGAAAACGUGGUUGCAGAUGCAUUAUCGCGUUUAAACGCAAUAUCCAUGCCGUCAUCACUCGACGCCAAAAGCAUUCAAGAGGCGCAAGCAUCAGACGGCGAGUUAUCUGCACUUCUAAAUGGAACAACUUCGCUGCACCUGCAACCUGUGGAGCUCACCAAAGAAGUCUUUGUGUACUGCGAUGUUUCGACCGGAUCCGUUCGUCCAUACAUUCCUCAGUCAUUGCGACACCGCAUUUUCUCCCAAUCAAAUGGUAUGAUCGAGCGCUGGCAUAGGUCCUUGAAGGCUGCGUUGAUGUGCGACUCCGAGACACCGUGGUUAAAAGUGCUUCCUACCGCCCUCCUUGGCCUCCGUACUUGCAUCAAGGAGGACUUACAAGCUUCGGCUGCUGAGAUGCUUUAUGGAUGCACACUUCAUCUGCCUAACGAUUAUUUCGCAGAUUUAAAUUCGCCGCCAAGACCAGCUGAGUUUGUCAGUGAAUUUCGAACCAGCAUGCAAGCGCUAAGGCCCAUCUCGGCAGCACACCACAGCAAGCCAAAACUAUUCAUUCACAAGCAUAUCCACGAAUGUUCCCAUGUGUUUGUGAGAACCGAUGCCGUGAAGCAACCGCUGCAACCACCAUACUCUGGGCCAUACCAAGUGAUCGACAAGCUUUCAGAUCGAGUUUUUGUUAUUCGAAUGAAUGGGAAGGACACAUCUAUUUCAGUGGACAGACUGAAACCAGCAUACUUAGAGAGCAACGACCCUAGCAACGAGACGGAGGAUUCCUUAACCACAAAAACUCGGUGCACAAAAACUUAUGAAAGACGUGUCUAG